AUGUCGAAAGACGCAAAGAGCCCGACCAAGGAGUCCAAGAGGAAGUCCAAAUCCUCGGACGCCGCAGAGUCGCCCAAGAAGUCCAAGAAGACCGCAUCGGCAACCGCGUCUUCUUCUUCGAAUGUGGAAUCGACUUCGUCCAAGGGCAAGUCCAAAGCAAAGGAUGGCCAGGCCACGCUCAAGGUGCAAGGCUCCAAGUCUGCGUCGCAGCAGCUGAGCAAAGCCGGAGCCGCCUUCGCCUCGUUUGCCGACUACAAUCCGGCGCCCUCCACCAAGUUCAGCCUGUACCGCGCUGAGGGUCUGCCAGACGAGACGGGCGCACGAGACGACGCAUCUGACGAGCGCUUGCUGCUUGCUGGCGAGACCGACACCAUGGCCUACGUUGGCAACAACUUCGAGUUCGGCAGCACCGCCGAGGUGCGAGGCUACACGGGCGAAUACAUGGUGGGCAUCUACGACCCCUCGAGCAGCUCGAUCACGCUGCGUGCGCUACCCACGUUCCAGGUGGCGCGCUCGAUCAAGGCCAACAGCUCGCUCGCAUCCAUCUCGAGCAGCCGCACGUUCGCCGACUAUGGCGAAAUGACCGCCGCACGCCGCGCACUCGGCGACGCCUUCGGUAAUCGCAAGCAGAAGGCCAACGCGCGCAACCAGGACCGCAUGAAGGUCGACACGGCCAACAUGGAGGUCAUUCUGGACGACUUUACCGGUGGCAUCCAGGACAGCGUUGCGUCGCUGCCGUCGCUGGACGAGGUGCUGGCGUCGUCGACGGCUUCGCGACCCAUGCCGCCCGCCAACCUGGACGCCAAGCACCCCGCCGAGGCGUACCGCAUCUCGGACCUCAUCCCUACGGACGUCUUCCAGGCGCUGCCGAUACAGAAGCUCAUCGACAACGUGCACGAUGCCGACGAGCUGCAGAAGCUCAUCCCCUACUCGCGCGAGUUCCCCGAUUGGAUCUGGUCGCGACUCGUCGACAACCUGCAGCGCAGCUCGCACCUUGGCGGCGGCAGCAAGAGCCAGAAGCACACCACUUUUGACGACGACGAUGAGGAUGCCGACAAGCCGGCGAACGGCGACGACGACGAUGUGAUGAUGAUGCCGGCGCUGGGUGCGACCGAGGACAAGGAGGAUGCGACGAACAAGGUGCGCCUGGCGUACUACAUGUCGAUGCUGUGGUACCUGCACUCGCGACCCAAGUCGGUUUCGCAGCGCAGCCGCCUGAUUACUUCGCUCAAACUGGAUGGCGAGGAUGCGAACAAGCGCAUCGUGCGUGCGCUGCUGAACACAUUCAGCGAGACGCCGGCGAACUCGGAUCGGGCGCAGAUGUCGGCGUUCCACCAGACCAAGCUGCUGGCGUACAUGUGUGCGCUGGCGCUGCAUCUGGACAACUUUUCGGUCGACUACGACAAGCUGGCUCGCAACUGCAACAUUGCGCCGUCGACGCUGCGUGAGCUCUUCCGCACACUCGGCUGCACCGCCGCCACGACGGGCGGCGAAAAGCGCAUGGUGCUCAAGACGCCCUUUACGCUGCCACAGCCCCGAAAGGGCAAGGCGGGCGGCCGAAAGUGA